GAAAAGGAAAGCGAGGCUCGUGGUAAUGGCUUCCAGGUGAAAACCUUUUAAGUGCCUUUCGAUUUUGUUUAUUGGCCGUUACAUUUGGUGGCAGUGGUGAGAUGGCUUCUUCUAUGGCUCCGCGCCGGGCGGCCCACGGUAUGUGCGACAGCGGACUUCCCCCUCGGUACCAGCUACAGCAAGGUCAACCGUUUCCGCAUCGUACGCCUCUUCGUCCAGAAGGCAAUGGGACAUUCCACUUCAAGAUUCUCGUACCCGCUGUGGCUGCCGGAGCCAUCAUCGGCAAAGGUGGUGAGACCAUUGCACUGCUCCAAAAGAAAGUGGGAGCCCGGGUGAAAAUGUCCAAGUCAAACGACUUCUACCCAGGAACUACUGAAAGGGUGUGCCUAAUCACUGGGAGUGUCGAGGGCGUUCUACGCAUCCAUGAAUUUAUCAUGGAGAAAAUUAAGGAGAAGCCAGACCCCACAGCCAAGAUUGCGAUUGACUUUGACCACAAGCAGCCAGCUGAGAGGGAAAAGCAGGUGAAGAUCUUGGUACCCAACAGCACGGCAGGCAUGAUCAUUGGCAAAGGUGGCCGCUACAUUAAGCAGAUCAAGGAGGAAAGUGGCGCCUAUGUGCAGAUCUCCCAGAAGUCCAAGGACAACAUUCUCGCGGAGCGCUGCAUCACCGUGAUUGGCGAGAUGGACAACAACAAGAAGGCGUGCCAGCUCAUCUUGGCCAAAAUUGUGGAGGACCCGCAUAGUGGCAGCUGCCUCCAUGUCUCUUACGCAGAGGUGACUGGGCCCGUGGCCAAUUUCAACCCGACAGGAUCACCGUACGCUAACCCGGCAAGCGUGCACUCCACCGUGAACAACUCAUCGGCCAGCUACAGCUCGAGCGCAAGCCUCAACAGCCUAAGCAUAACGGCGAACUUCGGAGGAGCCGCGGUGCCGGCUGCUUUUCCGGGCGCCGACGUGGCCCAGCUGCUGGAGAACGUCAAGGCAGUGCUGCGGAGUAAUGGCUACACGGAGCAGGCGACAGCCGACAUCGCGACGGCCAUGGGCACACUGGCUACGUACGGCAUGCUGGGCCCUAGCCUCGGUGCGCUCCUGGCAGGUGCCAAUUUGGUCAUGAUAGGACAGGGCCCGCCGCAGCCGCCACCACUGCAACAAGUGUACUCGACUUCGCCGAUAGACACCACGCCACCGGUGGUCGCCAGCAGCUCGGGCAUGUUCGGUCCCGUCGGCAGCGGCAGCUUCGGCUCGCCCCGCUCAGAGCGCUACCACAGCGACAUGGUGUUUGACCCGUUCAAGUGGAACUUGCCGGCAGUAGGGUCACCGGGCGAGACGGCCAACAACGGCGCAGGUGGGGGCAUGCCCGUAAACAACAACUCGUUCGGGCUGGGCACGGCGCUGGUGCCGUCGCAAGGGGCCAUGUGCAAGUCACCGCCGCUGCCCUCAGUGGCCGAAGAGUGCUCCGACACCGUCAAGCAAGAGCUCGAGGUGGGGGAGAACAUUGUGGGGGUCAUCUUGGGACCUGGGGGAAAGUCACUGGUUGAGAUCCAGCGCUUCAGUGGCGCCGUUAUCGAGAUCGCCAAGAAGGACACGUUUGCGUCGUGCGCGUGCAACCACAUCGUCAGCAUCACGGGCACACCAAACGCAGUCUCGACGGCCCAGUAUCUGAUCGAGCAGCAGAUUGCCGAGGAGCAAGCCAAAAGAUCACAGAAGAAUGCGCUCGGGGUGCUUCACUAG